AAUUCUUCCAUUCUUUUUGGCAGAGUUGCAUGCUAUUUAUUUAGCCUUAAAGUAUAUAAAUAGGAAAUGUCAUCGUUGCUGUGUGAUUUACACUGACUCAGUUAGUGCACUUCAGGCUUUGAUCUUAUGUGAACCUAGUUCUCACUCCAUAGUGAUUAAAAUUCGUAAACUGUUUUGCCAUCUUAUUGCGAGUAAUUUUUCUGUAAAAUUUUGUUGGGUCCCAGGCCAUGUAGGUAUAAAAGGAAAUGAAGAAGCUGACGCAGCUGCAAAGGCAGCUAGUCCUUCACAGCAUAUAAUGUGUAUUGAAGGAGGUGAUUUGAAGCUAGUUGUUAAAAAACGACUAGUAGAGAGAUGGCAAAAUGUGUGGAAUGCACAAAUCCACAAUAAACUAUACGAGAUCAAACUUACGAUAGAAAAUUGGACAUGUAACAAACAGUAUGACAGGCAAUCUGAAGUUAUUCUUAGUUGUUUGAGAAUUGGGCAUACUCGGUUGACUCAUCAAUACCUUUUGAAGGAUGAAGAGCAACCAGUAUGCCAGUAUUGCAACUGCUCUCUAAGUGUUAAACACACACUGCUUGAUUCCUCUGCCUUUGAGAACAGUCGUAGACAGCAUUUUGGAAAUGCAAGUUUGAAAGAGAUUCUGGGCUAGAGACCAAAUCAUUAUAAUGUAUUGGACUUUUUAAAAGUCAUUAAUAUGUAUAAAGAAAUUUAAUUAAUUAUUUAUUCAUAUAUUUAUUUCAUUUUCGCAUGUUGUUGUCUGUUUGUACUUACUAUGUGUAUAUUUAUUUUCGUGUUGUUGUUUAUUUAUUUAGUUAUUAUUGUCAUAUGUUAGUUAUUUAUCAUGUUUAAAAUUUUUUAACCAUUUGCCCUGGUGCAGAAUAGCCUAUAUGGCUUUUGUGCCAAUAAACAAAAAUCAACCAACCAAUCAAUUAACCAGUUUAUCGAAAGAUUUUCAUGUAUAUUAUGCAAUAAAUAUUUUAGUAGAAAAAUAUAUUUUAUUUAUAUUUUUUUUACGUUUAUUUAUGUAUCAAAGCAUUUAUGUAGAAUCUUUUGAACAUCUGCAAGUAAUUAGCAAUUUUCAGAUGGGGAACCAGCAAUAAAAUAGUUGAUUGGAAAUGUUUAUUGUCCUGUAUGUACAAAGUUUUCUGAAAAUGGAGUUUUCAAUUGUUACCAUUUAUGACUGCAAUAAAAGAUGCCAGAUGAUGGUUCUUAGGAUUUCUGACCCUUUGUUUUUCUUUGAACAAUUCUGUAAUUUUUCUCACUCAUAGUUCUGCUCUUGAGUUGUUUAGUGUGCUUAUUUUGUGUUGAAAAUUUUGAAAUAUUUUUGUGUGCUUUUUUCACUCGUGUUGUUGCUACUUAUCAAGUAAGUUACUUAUCAUUAUAAUACUUUAGGAAAAUUGUUUUCUCGUGCAUAAUAUAAAAGAACGGAUUUUAGAUAAUUUAUUUUGUUGGCAGAAUGUCUUCUGAUUCGGAUAACGAAUAUAUCCCAGGAUCAUCAAGUGGGUCUGAGGGGAGUUGGUCUAGUGCAGUUAGUGGGCUGACGGGAUCGGAUGUAAGCGAAUAGGAAAUGGAUGUGGCAUCCACAUCAAGUACAAAAAGCUGGUGCCUAAUAGAUAUGAACAAUCUAUUUUCGGCUCCUCCGCGUUUUCCUUUUGUGGGAAAUCCCGGAAUGACAGUAGACGUUGGGAAUACGGGUGACCCUUUGGAUUAUUUCCAAUUGUUUUUUAAUAUAAAUAUUAUCAAUAAUAUUGUUGAUGAAACAAAUAGAUUUCAUUCUCAACGGCCACAAACAUCACGCAGUAACUAGACACCACUUACUGCAGAAUAAUUUUUUCUGUUCAUUAGUAUAUGUAUAUUACAAGGUAUUAUAAAAAAACCCGAGGAGAGGAUGUAUUGGACGAAAGACGCCAAAUUACACAUUCUGUUUUUUGGCAGAGUAAUUUCGAAAAAUAGAUUUAGAGAUAUAAAAAGAAAUUUACAUUUCAUAAAUAAUGACACUUAUAACCCAGACACACACCCCAAUCCUAAAGUGCACAAAAUUUGGCUGAUAAUUGUAGACCUAAAUUCAAAAUUUUUGCGAUUUUAUAUACCGGAAAGAGACAUAUCCAUCGAUGAGAGUUUGUUGCUAUACAAGGGUCGUCUUUCUCGUUUUGGUGUGAAAUUUUGUAAGUUAUGUGAAUCUUUAUCAGGAUAUUUAUAUAAAUUUCUGAUUUAUACUGGCAAAUCAACUACAUUGGAUGAUAAGUAUAAAAAUAUGCCAGUCAGUUCACUGAUUGUGCUAACGUUAAUUGAUUCGUUGUUAGAUAAGGGCUAUUGUCUAACAACAGAUAGAUUUUACUCUUUACCACAGUUGGCGGAUUAUCUUGUCACGUGCAAAACGGAUUUUUAUGGAACCGUACGCACAAUAAGACGAGAGAUUUUGCCAGUAAUCCAUAGGCAAAAAUUGGAAAAGGGAGAAACAAUCACUUUCCAGAGAAGUAAACUAAUGGUUAUGAAGUGGCAGGACAAGCAAAGUGUAGCUUUACUGUCUACAGUCUACAAUCCUGCCAUGGUAACUACACGAACACAUGCCGGUAAGUCUGUUGUAAAGCCACAGCUCAUUGUCGACUACAAUGACACAAUGGGGGGUGUUGACCUGUUAGAUCAACAUUUCCAUGACUAUGCAGUGGUGAGAAAAGGUGGGAAGAAGUACUAUAGAAAAAUAUUUUUUCAUUUAGUAGAUUUUUGUAUAUACAAUUCUUUUGUGAUGUACAAGAAAAAUGGUGGCCAAAAAACAAAUUUACAAUUUCGACUGACUCUUAUUGAU